AUGUCCAACAUGAGCUCAAGUGUUCUGUCGUUUCCAGCCUCUUCACACGCAGUCAUCAAUGGCUCGUUCUACCGAGACCCCUCGUACUCCCUGUGGUCAACUGUCUAUGUCAACGCCUCGGGAAACGUGACGACGUCUGGUCCUUUUACGUACCCGAACGCAUCGACGUCGUUUGUUGCAUCCGUAUCAGACUUCUAUGACGUUGUAGGCGACGGUGCAAGUCUGGAGGUUGUCGCACGGGCCGAGUAUGCUGCGUUCCAUGAAGCGGGGGUGUAUAUCUCAUCCACGAACGAAGUGUAUUUUACAUCCAACAAGCUCAACACCACGAAUGCAACCGAAUACAGAUUCCCCAGCUACGGCCAAUUCAGCAAGAUUUCACUGACUCCAUCCCCGAACGGAACAUACGAGUGGUCGACGCUCCUUCUACCUUCCGACCAACUUGUCAUGCCCAAUGGCGGGACUGCUUACAAUGGCCAAGUACUGAUGGCAGCUCAAGGAUAUGGACUGGACGUCGCUAGCUCGCUGGUGCUUGUUGAUCCUGCAACGGGCAAGGGGAGAACGCUUGUGAACAACUUUUACGGAAGGGUGUUUAACUCCAUCAACGACGUGGCCGUGGUGUUCGCCAACCGAGCCGUGGACGAGCAAUGGGUAUUCUUUACUGAUCCUCCGUACGGAUACUUCCAGGGGUUCAAGCCCUACCCUUCACUUCCCGCUCAGGUAUACGCCUUCCACCCACCGACAGGUACGAUUCGGGUGGUUGCGGAUGGGUUCGAGAGACCAAACGGGGUACAGUUUAGCGAGGACUACAAGACGUGCUAUAUCUCGGACACGGGCUUCAUCAGUGCGGUUGCUGGGGAUCCACAUCCAGCGGAUGGCAGACGUCCUGGAACUAUAUACGCGUAUGACGUUGUGGCCCCACCUGAAGGCGCGGACCCAAAGCUUGUGCCGCCAACGCUGACGAACCGGCGGGUGUUUGCGUUUGCGGAUAGUGGAAUGCCAGACGGGAUCAAGGUCGACACGGCAGGAAACGUGUAUGCGGGAUGUUUUGAUGGUGUUCACGUGUGGAACAAACAUGGAGCACUGCUGGGAAAGAUACUGCUUGGUCUGGACGAGCUGACGGAAACGAGCGAUGGAGUGACAGGAAAAGGAUGCUCGAACCUGGUGUUUGUACCUGGUGGGUUGCUGAUGUUUUCAGAGGACCGAAUGUACCUCGCAAAGAUCAAGGCGAAGGGGGCAUUACUGGCUUGA